AUGGACGACCCCGACGGGAACCCUGCUGCUGCGCCGGAGCCUCCUCGCCUGACCCCCGAACCGUUACCGGAAUCCGCGAGCCAGCUUUCACGGCCGUCACUACCACUGAGCACCCUCUCCCGGGGGUGUGAGGGCCACUUUGAUGGUUGGGAAACCAUCGGUGAACAACAAGACUAUUACGAUGUGGAAGAUUUCCUGCAUCUGAGCCCUGGUCUCGCAAGCGAAAAGUUGAAGGAUAGGAAAGAGGACGAUGUCGUGAUUUUUGACUAUUCUUUAGAUCCGGGUUAUCUGAGUCGGGUGGAUGGCAAUCCCCCGGUUGGGGGCGGCGGUCCUUUCCCGGGACACCCUGGCACGGACGAUGUAUUCUUCCGAGUGUCCAAAGACAAGCUCAUAAAGUCCAAACAAUUUGACCAAACCAUCAACCCCACCAAAGAACCUUGGAUGCAGGCGCGGGCGCCCCGGUUAGGUAUCAUGUAGGUUUAUCUUCCCAGCCCCUCCCGCCGCCCAUUUCGAUUUUGAAGAACUCUCUGCUGCAUGUACCUUUCCAGGCGACCCUCUACAUGCUAAUAUUUGUUUUUUUCAAGAGACUUUCCCCAAUGUUAUGAUACGAGCGUAGGUUUCCGUGCGGCGUAGCCCUAAUUUUAUCUUUUACGGUAAUUCCUUACUAGAAGCAGGGCGGUAAUCUACUAAAUUCGAUGGCGGAAAAGCUCGGCCUUCCAAAUGCAAAUACUUUCAA